AGCAAUAAAACCCAUAUACUUUUAUCUCUCUUGCCUUAAACUCUUGGUAGAGUCUUGUGCUUAAAAUUUUCUUAACUACUAAAAAAGAAUCCACUUUGCUUCAAACUCCAAAAACAAGAGAGUAAAGCUGGAUAAUUGUUUGAGAUGAUCACAUGUUGUUCAGUACACCUAUGUUGUCUUUGACUCCAUCUCAUAAUUAAUGGGUUGAUGAAAGUUUUUUCUCUUUUCUUUUCCUUUCCUUCACUAUUUUUGAUAAAGAGUUUGAUAUGAUAUGAUUGAUUUUUAUUUUUCUUUUCUUUUAUGGUAAGAAGUAAGGAUAGAUAAACAUAGAGAGAGGCAUAUGCUUAGUUCAUUGAUACUUGAAGAAGCAAUUGUUAGGUAAUUGGGAGAUAUGUCAGGUGGUGGGUGUAGUAUAGUUUGGUUUAGAAGGGAUCUAAGAGUUGAGGAUAAUCCUGCACUUGCUGCUGGUGUAAGGGCAGGUGCUGUAAUUGCGGUGUUUGUAUGGGCACCUGAAGAAGAAGGCCAUUAUUAUCCAGGAAGAGUAUCAAGAUGGUGGUUGAAACAAAGCUUAAAUCAUCUAGAUAGUUCUUUGAAAAGUCUUGGUACAACCCUUAUUACUAAAAGAUCUUCUGAUAGUGUUUCUUCUCUUAUUGAGAUUGUUAAGUCUACUGGUGCUACUCAACUCUUCUUCAAUCACUUAUAUGAUCCAAUAUCGCUAGUGAGGGAUCACCGUGCUAAGGAGCUUCUGACUGAUUAUGGCAUAUCUGUGAGAUCGUUCAAUGCAGAUUUGUUGUAUGAACCAUGGGAAGUUAAUGAUGACCAAGGUCAACCAUUCACGGUCUUUUCUGAUUUCUGGAACAGAUGCCUUAGCAUGCCUUGCGAUCCAGCUGCGCCAAUGUUACCACCUAAGAGGAUAAUAUCAGGUGACACAUCAAGGUGCCCUUCGGACGAACUGGUCUUUGAAGAUGAAUCCGAGAAAGGAAGCAACGCACUUCUUGCUCGGGCCUGGUCACCAGGAUGGAGCGCUGGAGACAAGGCACUGACAACUUUUAUCAAUGGUCCCUUAAUCGAAUAUUCUGUGAACCGUAGAAAGGCCGACAGUGCAACAACUUCAUUUCUCUCUCCUCAUUUGCAUUUUGGGGAGGUGAGUGUAAGAAAAUGCUUUCACUUAGUCCGCAUCAAGCAGGUUGCCUGGGGUAACGAAGGGAAUACGGCUGGUGAAGAGAGUGUUAAUUUGUUCCUCAAGUCUAUCGGGCUUCGAGAGUAUUCAAGAUAUAUGAGCUUCAAUCAUCCAUACAGUCAUGAAAAGCCUCUUCUUGGACACCUUAAGUUCUUCCCUUGGGUAAUUGAUGAAGGUUAUUUCAAGGCGUGGAGACAAGGCCGAACAGGGUAUCCGUUGGUUGAUGCUGGCAUGAGAGAGUUAUGGGCUACUGGUUGGUUACAUGACAGGAUAAGAGUUGUGGUUUCUAGUUUCUUUGUUAAGGUUCUGCAGCUUCCAUGGAGAUGGGGUAUGAAGUAUUUCUGGGAUACCUUAUUGGACGCUGAUCUUGAGAGUGAUGCUCUUGGGUGGCAAUACAUAUCUGGCACCCUUCCUGAUGGUCGAGAAUUUGAUCGAAUGGACAACCCUCAGUUUGAAGGUUACAAGUUUGACCCCAACGGAGAAUACGUCCGACGUUGGCUUCCGGAACUUGCUAGACUGCCUACCCAAUGGGUACAUCAUCCAUGGAACACGCCAGAGUCAGUACUUCAAGCUGCUGGGGUUGAACUAGGGUCAAAUUAUCCUCUUCCGAUUGUGGGAUUAGAAGCAGCAAAAGCCCGGUUACAAGAAGCACUAUCUGAUAUGUGGCAACAAGAGGCAGCCUGGAGAGCAGCAAUUGAGAAUGGAACUGACGAAGGUCUUGGUGAAUCUAUGGAAUCAACACCCAUUGCGUUUCCUCGAGAUAUCCAGAUGGAGAUCGAUAUUGAACCUACUAGAAAUAACAACAACACUACACCUAUCGUCAGGCACCAAGAAGAUCAAAGAGUCCCUAGCAUGACUUCUUCAUUUCUAAGAAUUGAAGAGGAAGAAGAAUCUUCUGUUGAUCUGAGAAACUCACCUGAAGAAACCAGAGCAGAAGUACCGACAAACAUGAAUAUGGGUAUGGAUACUCGUACAGAAGAACCAAACCAAGGAGGUGUUCAAGCGAUUAGAGCCGUUGUUAACAAUGCUCGGCGGUUUGACAAUUUCGGGUUGCAACUGCAAACUGCCGAUUCCUCCACAGCAGAAUCUUCAAGUAGUAGCAGAGAGAGAGAUGGGGGUGUUGUUCCAGUUUGGUCUCCAUCUUCUAGCUUUUCAGAGCAAUUAGUGGUUGAAGAAAAUGGUAUAGGCAGUGGGUCUUCUUAUUUGCAGAGACAUCCUCAAUCACACCAAAUAAUCAAUUGGAGACGACUCUCACAAACAGGAUGAAACGUCUAAACGAAACAGGGGAAGAAGCUGGGAGAUGGACAAUAUGGUGCAGCCUAAUGCGAUCGGCUAAGAUUAUAAGUUGACGAUUACCUCAUUUUGAGUGACUCCUCUCUCUCUAAUCUGCUGGUAUAGAAGAUAUUAAUCUUUAUGCCAAGUUUAGACAGGUAGUCUUAACUUCAUUUACUGCCCUCUCUUUUUGUUUUCUCUGUACCAUAUAUAGUUCUGUAUAGUAAUUGUUAUUCACAUAAGGUGAGAGAUGAGUGUCUUAUAAGAAAAUGAUCAAGUGUAGCUCUGUAAUAAACCAGGUUAAUGUUUUCUCCAUUACUUGAGAAGACAUUUAUUCUCUUUUUAACAGUUCCACUGAGCCUGCUAUUAACCUUGUGAA